CCUAUAUAGGCGGCUAUCCCACCACCAGGCUCACUUCCCCACAGGACCUCCCACCAGCCCAGCCUCUCAGCCCAGGCUCAGCCCUCCACCCCCAACCAAGUUGCAGGAUGUCGAUGACAGACUUGCUCAGCGUUGAGGACAUCAAGAAGGCCCUGGGGGCCUUUGCCGCUGCCGACUCCUUCGACCACAGAAAGUUCUUCCAGAUGGUGGGGCUGAAGAAGAAGAGCGCGGACGAAGUGAAGAAGGUGUUCCAGAUCCUGGACAAAGACAAGAGUGGCUUCAUCGAGGAGGACGAGCUGGGAUCCAUCCUGAAGGGCUUCGCUGCAGAUGCCAGAGACCUGUCUGCUACCGAAACCAAGACGCUGCUGGCUGCGGGCGACAAGGAUGGGGAUGGCAAGAUCGGCAUCGACGAAACCCAACUCUGACUGACUUAAGCAAAAGAGGAAGAAAACACAAAGACUUGAUUGGCUACGUGCCUAAAUAGUCCAGGGGCAGGUCUGCAGGAGCAGCUGGAUCCAGGCACUCACGUGACAUCAUCAGGAUUAAGGCCUUCCUGCCCCACCUCUGGGCACGGCUUCCCUCUGUGCUGGAUUCGCUGGUGAUGGCAAGAUCCCCCAGCAGCUCCAGCAGAACCAGUAAAAACACAACAACAAGCUUCUCUUUU